CUAUUUCGGUUUGAUGUUUUUUUCAACUAGAAUGGACAGUUCUCCAUUAAUUGUGUCUGAAGAUGUUUCUUCCCCUUCCUUGUAUUCCACCUCUCUUGUAUCUCAAAAGGCACGUAAAUCAGGAAAGACUUCCGGGCUUAGUUGUUGAAAAGUAGAUUAAAAAGCUUGUAAAGCCUUGGCUUGCGACACAUCUGAAGAACACUGUUCACAGUGUGUGUGUAGGUUUGAAAUAGUGACAGACUGAUAGACAGAUAAGAAUAGAAAUCAGUAGGAGAAGAAUGUUGUUCAUCUCAUUGCUCUCCAUCUCUCUCUGUCAAAUUCCCCUCUUUUUUUAUGAUGUUUCUUCUCAGCAUCUGAGUUGUAUGUCUUAUGGGAGGUCCCUUUUCAAUCAUCAACAUCACCAGUUCAUCCAAAAUAAGUUAUUAAUGUAGCCCUUGUGUGUCCAUUGGAAACACACACACACACACACACACACACACACACACACACACACACACACACACACACACACACACACACACACACACACACACACACACACACAGUUUAUGACAAACAAUUUCAAUCAAUAGCAUUCACAUCUUCAACUUUUGUCUUUUUUCUUCUUCUUGUGGAUUGAAAAGGGGGUUCAAUUCAAACAAACACCCCAUGUUUAUUGCUUUGAGCGGGAUUUCACCAUGAAGGACUAAGGAACCCACACCACAUUUUGUGUUUUCAAGUGGCAGCUCUGUCUUUAUUGUUGUCCCACUCCUCUGAUCACCACUAAAUUAAUAAUGAGUUACAGACAAGAGUUAAAUAGUCUUGACAAAGACCCAACGUACAGACCGAUGAUGGUGACUAAAUAAACGAGGGGAAGCGACAGAAGACACGGAAAAAGGGAAGGAGGAAGACAUGCUCUAAUCUCCGCAUUGCCACGGCAACCGUUGUUCACACACACACACGGAGUUGUCAGAGGAAACCUCGUCGCGCUGUAUCCUCCAGUGGAAGAAGACGGGAGGAUGAGUCAGACGACAGGAGACGAAUGAGAGAGCGCCUCGCCCCUCUCCAUUCGUCAUUUCUCUAUUUAUUUUUUGAGUUCUCCUUACACACUCAAACUUGACACAUGCACACUUGUUCAAUCCCGGUGCUCAUCCCUCACUCCAUAAGCCCUCUUCACGUCUACUCCUCUCUGCACGGCUUCCUCUGUUCAUCCUUCCCUCCACCCGGUGCUAUGAGAGGAGUAGUUGGGUCCCAGACCACACCACCAUGCCAGUUCUGAAGAGUAGAGAGGAGAUCUGGGCUGGCAAUGUACAAGGUACUGCAUUUACACUCCUCCACGAUGCUUGUCAGCCUCCUCUCCCCCUCCCCACUCCAGGACAGGCGUGUCACUUCCUCCUUCCCCCCUCCUCCUCCCGAACACACCUCUUCCCCUCAUCAGCACCCCCGGCUGGCCCUUCCCUCCCUCUCCCUCCCCCUCUCCCUCUCUCUCCUCCUCCUCUCCCUAUUCCUUCUGCCCAUCUGCGAGUCGGCGCGGUCGCCUGGGAGGGGCGGAGCUGGCCAGGGCGGAGGAGCACCAGGGGGAGGCCAGAGGGGCACAAACCUCAUCCCCCCUUUCUACCCCCUUACUACCCCCAGUAUCCCCCGCCCCCGGCCCCCUGUGCCCCCCUUACCUCCCAAAGUGGCCUCCUCUCUUAGCAUCGCCGUCAUCCUGGUGGGCAACUCUAGCGAGGUGUCGUCCACCUACGUGGAGAAAGAGGAGUUCCUCCAUGUUCCUCACCCUACCAAAGUCCAACUGGAGACCAUGAACGACACGGACCCCAAGAGUAUCAUCAACCGUAUCUGCACCCUGAUGACCAACACCUGGCUGCAGGGGGUGGUGUUCGGGGACGAUACGGACCAGGAGGCCAUCGCCCAGAUCCUGGACUUCAUCUCUGCCCAGACACACAUCCCCAUCCUGGGCAUCCGUGGAGGCUCCUCCAUGGUCAUGGCUGCCAAGGACGACCACUCCAUGUUCUUCCAGUUUGGCCCGUCCAUAGAGCAGCAGGCCUCCAUCAUGCUGAAGAUCAUGGAGGAAUACGACUGGUACAUCUUCUCCAUCGUCACCACCUACUACCCUGGAUACCAGGACUUUGUCAACAAAAUCCGGAGCACCAUAGAGAACAGUUUUGUGGGCUGGGAGCUAGAAGAAGUCCUCCUGUUGGACAUGUCUGUGGAUGACGGAGACGCUAAGAUCCAGAACCAGAUGAAGAAGCUGCAGAGCCCUGUCUACCUGCUUUACUGCACCAAGGAGGAGGCCUACACCAUCUUUGAGGUGGCAAACUCUGUAGGACUGACGGGAUACGGCUACACCUGGAUCGUACCGUCGCUAGUGGCCGGCGACGCCGAUAAUGUCCCCGCCGUGUUUCCCACAGGGCUAAUUUCGGUGUCGUAUGACGAAUGGGACUACAGUUUGGAGGCUCGGGUGCGGGAUGCAGUGGCUGUCAUCGCCAUGGCGACCUCCACCAUGAUGCUGGACCGGGGGCAACACACGCUGCUCAAGUCAGGCUGCAACGAGACCCCUAACAAGAAGGGCUCUAAACAAGGCAACUCCAAUGAAGUGCUCAAGUAUCUGAUGAACGUGACGUUCGAGGGACGUAACCUGUCGUUCAGUGAGGAUGGAUACCAGAUGCAUCCCAAACUGGUCAUCACCCUGCUAGACAAGCAGAGGCGCUGGGACAAGGUGGGUAAGUGGGAGAACAGCUCCCUGUCCAUGAAGUACCACGUGUGGCCCAGGUUCGAGCUGUUCUCCGAUGGGGAGGCCCGGGAGGACGACCACCUGUCCAUCGUGACGCUGGAGGAGGCACCCUUUGUCAUCGUGGAGGACGUGGACCCCCUCAGUGGCACCUGCAUGAGGAACACAGUGCCGUGCAGGAAACAGCUUAAAAUACUCAACCAGACAGUACCUGGCCAGUACACCAAGCGCUGCUGUAAAGGUUUCUGCAUUGACAUCCUGAAGAAGAUCGCCAAGCAGGUCAAGUUCACCUAUGACCUCUACCUGGUCACCAACGGAAAGCACGGCAAGAAGAUCAACGGCACCUGGAAUGGAAUGGUCGGGGAGGUGGAGCAGAAGAAGGCCCACAUGGCCGUGGGGUCGCUCACCAUCAACGCGGAGAGGUCUGAGGUCAUUGACUUCUCCGUGCCCUUCAUCGAGACGGGGAUCAGUGUCCUGGUCUCCCGUAGCAACGGCACUGUCUCCCCCUCCGCCUUCCUUGAGCCGUUCAGUGCGGACGUGUGGGUGAUGAUGUUUGUGAUGCUGCUGCUCGUGUCAGCGAUUGCUGUGUUUGUGUUUGAGUACUUCAGCCCGGUCGGCUACAACCGCUGCCUGGCAGACGGACGAGAGCCCGGUGGCCCCUCCUUCACCAUCGGCAAGGCCAUCUGGCUGCUGUGGGGCCUGGUUUUCAACAACUCUGUUCCCGUCCAGAACCCUAAAGGCACCACCAGUAAGAUCAUGGUGUCGGUGUGGGCCUUCUUCGCUGUCAUCUUCCUGGCCUCCUACACUGCCAACCUGGCUGCCUUCAUGAUCCAGGAGGAGUAUGUGGAUCAGGUGUCGGGCCUCAGUGACAAUAAGUUCCAAAAACCCAACGCCUUCUCCCCGCCAUUCCGUUUCGGAACGGUGCCCAACGGAAGCACCGAACGGAACAUCCGCAACAAUUACCCGGAGAUGCACCAGUAUAUGACCAGCUUCCACCAGAAGAACGUGAACGAGGCCCUGGCAAGCCUCAAGGGAGGUAAAUUGGAUGCCUUCAUCUACGAUGCUGCUGUGUUGAACUACAUGGCCGGGAGGGACGAGGGCUGUAAACUGGUGACCAUCGGCAGCGGGAAGGUGUUCGCCACCACCGGUUACGGCAUCGCCAUCCAGAAGGACUCUGGCUGGAAGAGAGCAGUGGACCUGGCCAUCCUCAUGCUGUUCGGCGAUGGAGAGAUGGAGGAGCUGGAGGCUCUGUGGCUGACGGGGAUCUGCCAUAACGAGAAGAACGAGGUGAUGAGCAGCCAGCUGGACGUGGACAACAUGGCAGGUGUCUUCUACAUGCUGGGGGCGGCCAUGGCUCUGUCGCUCAUCACCUUCAUUGCCGAGCACGCCUUCUACUGGCAACUGCGCUUCUGCUUCAUGGGCUACUGCACCGGCAAGCCAGGCUUUACCUUCUCCAUCAGCAGGGGCAUCUGGAGUUGUAUCCACGGGGUCCAGAUCGAGGAGAACAAGUCGGCCAUGGACUCUCCAUCGGCCACCAUGAACAUGAACAUGAACAACACCCACUCCAACAUCCUGCGACUGCUCCGCACAGCCAAGGACAUGACCGCCAUCCCGGGGGUCAACGGCUCGCCGCACACGCACGGCUCCCUGGACUACGGUGGCCACCACCGUGGCGAGUCGCCCAGCAUCUACGACGUCUCCGAGCACCGGCGCAGCUUGCAAGAGCGCAAGGCCCUGCCGCCGCCCUACCUGCCUGAGGACAACAUGUUCAGCGACUACAUCAGCGAGGUGGAGAGGACUUUUGGCAACUUGCCCCUGAAGGACAACAACCUGUACCAGGACCAUUACCUGCACCACCACUCAGGUCCGGGACCCGGGCUGGCUCUGGGUAUGUCCGGCCCCCCGCCUAACAGGCCGAGUAGCUUAGGCAGUACCAGUUCAUUGGAGGGAGGGAUGUUUGAUUGUGACAGUUUAGGGGGAGGGGUAGCGCCCAUAUUCACCACACAACCCCGCGUUGCCUCCUUGACUCACAGGAACACCAAUAAGUUUGACCUGAUCGCCGGCCACGCCUCGGCUUCAGGCUCUGGUCAGCAGGGGGGUCAGUUCAAGUCGAACGACCUCUACGGGAGGUUCUCUUUCAAAGGCGGGGCGUCCAGUUCUGGGUUUAUCGACAGGGGCGGUCACGACAGGUACUGCAUGGGUGGAGGAGGAGGGGGUGGUGGGGGCUCGGGGGGCGAUGAUGUGUCGGAUAUCUCCUCACACACCAUCACCUACGGCAAUCUGGAGGGCAACGCCAAGAGGCGUAAACAGUACAGGGACAGCUUGAAAAAGAGGCCCGCCUCAGCCAAAUCCAGACGGGAGCAGGACGAGAUUGAUUACCGGAGGCGAGCCCACCAACAUCACACCGUCCACCACCACUUCUCCCGCGGGCCCCUGGGACACCGCUCGGCCUCCCCACCCCUGGUCCCCUCUGAGCGGAAGAGAGGGGGUGGAGGAGGAGGGGGUAACUCUUCACCUUACUUAUUCCGCGACAAAGAAAAUCUGAGGGAGUUCUAUGCGGAGCAAGUCCUUUCCAAGGAGGGCUCUGCCAAGUGGGAGCAUGUGGAUGUGGCCGACGGGCCUUGUCCGAUGGGCGGUAGGGGAGGAGUCGCUGGCGGUAGUAGUGGUAGUGGCAUUUGUAAGAGCCUAGUGCCCGUGGAGGAUUUCCUGAAAGGUAACAAACCCAAGAAGUCAGAGGGUAAAAGUGGCGUCGGAGGAGGAAUGGGCUUGGGGUCGUCAGGGCAACAGGCCCACACGUGUUGGGAGAAGAACAUGUCUGAAGUGGGGGGUGGAGGCAUAGCAGGGGGUGACUGGGAGUGUCGGAAUCUCAGUGGUGGCGGGGGAGGAGGAGGGAAGUCCAUCGCUCACCAUGGGGGAGGGGGCACCUGUACGCAUGGGAGCGCUAGUGGCGGAGGUGGGGGUGCUAGUGCCGGAGGGGGAAAUAGUCGUCCAAGCUCUGCUUCUUGCAAACGGUGCGAGUCGUGUAAGAAACCAGGCAACCUGUAUGACAUCAGUGAAGAUAACCUCAUAUUUAGCCAUGGGGGUGGAGGGGGAAGAGUGGUGACACGGGGGGCUGGCCAAUCACAAAGUCAUGCACAGCGCAGGAAGCUAGGGCCAGGUGGGCGGGUGUUACGGAGACAACACUCCUACGACACGUUUGUGGAUUUGCAGAAGGGUGGGGGUGGCGGACGCAUGGUCGGGGGUGGAGGAGGAGGUGGAGGAGGAGGAGGAGGGCAGCUCCUCCCACCCAGAAGCGUGAGCUUGAAAGACAAAGACCGCUACAUGGAGGGAGUUAGCCCGUACGCCCAAAUGUUUGCCCAGUACGCGGAGAGGGACAGAGAUAGUCCCUCCUUUUUCAGCCGGGGUGGUAGUGAGCGGGAGAGGGCGAAAGGAGGCUCCUCCUUCAGUUUGUUCCGAGGCGACCGAGGAGAAGGUGGGUUGCACCGUCGGUCGGUGGGGGAGAAAGACAUGAGGGACAGGGAUAGAAGAAUGAUGGGAGGUGGAGGUGGUGGGGGCGGUAGUGGCAAAGGGGCCGGGACUUACUCCUUGUCUAAAUCUCUCUACCCAGAUAAGGUGACCCAGAACCCCUUCAUCCCAACCUUCGGCGACGACCAGUGUCUAUUACAUGGCGGCAAACCGUACUACGUCAAAAUGUCUCCACAGCAACAGCAACAACCGCCACAGCAUCUCCUCAACAACAGCCGCGGGGACUUCCGAGGCUCCAUGGGGGUGCCGUCAUAUUUUCCGGCGUCAGCCACGACGGGGGUCAUGUCCAACGUGACCCCCAGGUUCCCCAAUGAUCUGUGUCUCGGGGGAGGGUUGGGGGGCCCCAUGGGGAACCACCAUGGCCCCAGACUGGGAGGCAACAAGCUACUGCCGGUCAGGGACGGGGGGUUAGGGUUGGUGGGGCAGGGCGGCCAGACACCCUUCAAUGGCUCGAGCAACGGCCACGUUUACGAGAAGCUCUCCAGCAUCGAGUCUGACGUCUGAAAGAAAGAGAUGGAGCUGGAGAACAGGAUGAUUGCUUCUCCGUCUGAGGAGAACGAAUAGACGCUACAUUGUGUACAUCGUUCUCAUAUUUCUAACUGAGGAAGGUUAGUUGGACAAUGGACACUGCGGACAGAGUGAAGGAGAGUGAAGGAACUGUCAAGUGCAACAGAAAGCGACACGACUUCUAAUGAGGAAAUGAGCGGAUUCUGCUGCUUGACUCUGAGACUGUGAGGGAGGAGGAGAGAAAUCUCUCCUCCGUUUCUCCUCUCCUUCUUCACUCCCUCUUUUAUCUUUCCCUCUCUUCCGCUCGCCUGCUGUUCCUUACACCAAAACUAACGUUUUGGCUUAGCUAUCAGAAAUACAAUCAAAUGAAUGAAAAAUCAAAUACUUUUCUUGAAGUAACAGGGUAAACUAACAAUAAUUGUAUUGAUAAUGUUGUUAAUGAUAUUAUUGAAUAUAAUUAUAUUGUUUAACAUUUGGGCUCGUUUUCUUAUUUUUUUUAAUAGUUCAUGUUGUUAUAUAUUUGUAUUGUUGUUAAUUAUUUGCUAGGCCACCAUAUUACAGGAGACUAAUAGACUAUUUGUUAGGAAGAAAUGUUACUUAAGUACCAAUACUUUUAGGUUGUGUAAUUCAGAUUUCUUCUUAAUUCUUGAUUAUCCAUAUUUUCUGUUUUUGGAGUGCUGUGCAAAAGUAUACUGUAUGUGAAAGGCAUGAUUUGCUGAGUACAUUUCCCAUAUACUUGACAUCUUAUAGUGAAGGAGAAAGUACUUAUGUGGCAUCAUACUGGUUUGCCGUUUAGAUUUCUUGUUUUGCCUGGCGGUACGUCGGGAGUAGUGGUGAUCUCAGAUACCGAGCGGGAUGUGCCUUACUGAAUCCACUACGCCCAUAAAGAUAUGAAGACUCCUCCUCCUAUCGCUAGAAAGGGUGUUCAUUCUGUAGACAAUUCACUUAUUAACUAGUCAUUCAUAAAGUGGUUAUCAUGUUCUCUGAGAAUCCACUUAGCUGAGAUUUCGCUUUAAACGAGACCCACCCACCUGAAAGGAGGAAUAGUUGCAUCAUGGAAGAUGUAGUUUUCUGCUCGUUUCACUCGGGUGCUAGUCAAGAGGCUCUUAUCUCACCCUUUAGCGUUCCAUAAAUCAUUUGAUUUAACAUUUUAAAUCCCAACUUAACACAAGUCCCCCUUAUAUACUCAAAGGUAAACUAUCAAUUACACUUAUUAUAAUUUUUGUAUUGUUAAAAAAAAAAAAUUGGCAUAGAUGCAGUAUUUGCUAAACAUAUGUAUUUCCCCUUGUGUUCCUAUAUGUUGCUGGGAAGUGAUUGAAUGGAGUUGGUUUCAAUUGGACUUGACUGUUGUCUACCUUUAAGAUCUGGUCUUGAUGGAAUGUUGGACCAUGGUCUGGGAAUGGAGAGACGGACAGCAGGACGUGUUAGUUCAUUUCAUUCUGUAUCAUGGCAGUAAGCUGUUGCUGCUAUAUUAUCGAGACACAUU